UACAAUCAAAACUUUGUGUCUUGCAUAUAACUUAAUGUGUUACUGAAUGAAUAGAAAUAAGCUAUAAUAUUUUUAAUUGUGAUAUUUUACAGAAAGGAAAAUAUGUGUUUUACUUUCUAAUAUAUGGGGAUUCUAGAACUAUUGCUGUAAUUUUCAAAUUAGUUUCAGGAAAUAUUUAGACCAACGUGAAUCUCCUUCGAGACAUUGCUAUGCUGAUUAAAAAAAUAUCAAAAUCUAAGGUGAUAAAUAAACUGUGUUUUAACGUGAUUGUUCUUUUCGUUAAGUCUUUUAUAUAUGUUUGUUGGAAUUCAGAGAACUGUAUCAAGGCGCUGAUUAUCAAGCUUGAACAGAAGAUCGCACAGACGACUUCUUGAAAUGUUCUACGCCAUUGUCUUAGCUGUUGUUAUUGGAAUUAUAAGCGUUUUCUUUGUUCACCGAAGACGCAGCUUGAAAGGAAAAGCCAUCCCAGGACCGAAAGGUUUUCCAUUGAUCGGCUGUAUUCUAGAAGUAAAUGAAUACAAUCUAUACUUCAAACUUACCGAGUAUGCGGACAAAUUUGGAACUAUUUUUCGUUUUAUAAAAAAUGUUUUCAGAAAAUAUUGUUGUGUUGAACAGCCAGGAAAUAAAUACAAAGGGCAUUUGCUGAUGACGGUUACAAGCGGCAUUUCAAUGACCGAGCCAAAAUGUUCUUUGGCGAGUAUAUCCGAUUUCACCAUCAGUCGUUGGCUUUUGUACCAGAAGGAUUUGGGUCCUUUCAUAAUGUAGCAAGAAAGCAGUUAGUAAAGGCUUUACAUGCGUACGGUAGCGGACUAACAGACUUGGAGAAAAAUGUUUUGGUAGAAAUGGAUCUUCUUGUGAAACGAAUAGAAGAAAUGCCAAACAUGACAUUUCAGUGCAUGGAUGUUUUCGGUCGAUCACUAUCAAAUGUUAUUUCUCUUGUGCUGUGUGGUGAACUCAUACCUGACGAUGACCCGAAUAAAGAUGAUUUCUGGCAACAUACACGCGGCGGUGAUUUCUUUCUUCGCUCUGCAGUUAACUCUAUCAUGACCUCAUUUCCAUUUCUACGAUUUCUUCCUGGGAAAUUUGGCGAAGAGUAUCGGCAACAUAAGAAUGUGGAUCAGAAAAUUCGUGAAAAAUAUUUCUAUGACAUGAAGAAAACCUUCACUCCUGGAAAACUACGAGGACUAGUUGACCACUAUAUUGACGAACAGAGGAUGGAAAAGAAGAGCGGAAAUGACGUAUUCUUCACUGAUGAACGAAUAAUGGUACAACUAUCAGAGGUUAUAGACGCUGGUAAAGACAUUUCUUUGCCGAUUAUUCAAUGUUACCAUUCUAAGAAUAACAGCAUCAUGGAUGUGUUUUCUAUCGCUGGUAUCACUUCCAUAUGAUAAUUGUUGGAUAUC